AGAGCUUAUUGUCAUACGAUUCAUACCUAUCUCCCCCACCCACUCGGCUCGCUUUCCUCGAAAGCCAUCUCUGCUUCUCAUCAUGGCUAUGCCUCACCACCCUUUCCAACAAGAAUCCAAGCCCUACAGGAAUUUGUACACAAACGAGGGUCAGAUUUCGCAGCAAGCCGCCUUCUAUAGCACCACUAAUUUCCAGGAUCAGUCUCAUCAUCCGCCGUAUAUCCCUCCCUUUCAUGUGGAGGGUUUCGCACCUGGGCCCUUCGCUGCGGCGGACGGAGAUGAUGGCGGUGGCGAAUUGCGAUGGAAUUAUGGGUUGGAAUCCAAGAAGAAAAGAUUGAAGGAACAGGAUUUUCUGGAGAAUCAUUCGCAAAUAUCGUCCGUUGAUUUUUUGCAACCUCGUUCUGUGUCUACUGGGUUAGGUUUGUCACUAGACCAUGGUCGAAUGGCUUCAUCGGGAGAUUCCGCAUUUAUUCAUCUCAUCGGAGAUGACAUCGAUCUUGAGUUGCAGCGACAGGAUGCCGAGAUUGAUAGGUUUCUUAAAGUUCAGAGUGACCGGAUGCGGCAAGCUAUCUUAGAGAAGGUUCAGGCUAGCCAACUUCAAACUAUGUCAUUAUUGGAAGAUAAAGUCCUCCGGCAACUCCGUGAUAAGGAAGUAGAGGUGGAGAGCAUUAACAAGAAGAACAUGGAGCUUGAAGAGCGGAUGGAACAAUUGACUGUUGAAGCGGGUGCAUGGCAACAGCGGGCAAAAUACAAUGAAAACAUGAUCACUGCCCUCAAAUUCAGUCUUCAGCGAGUCUAUGCUCAGAGCAGAGAUAGUAAAGAAGGAUGUGGUGACAGUGAGGUAGAUGAUACAGCUUCUUGCUGCAAUGGUCGUGCCAUUGACUUCCAUUUGCUUUGCAAGGAGAACAAUGAUAUGAGGGAGUUGAUGACGUGUAAGGUCUGCAAAGUUAAUGGAGUAUGCAUGCUUUUGUUACCUUGUAAGCAUCUUUGCCUCUGUAAAGAUUGUGAAAGCAAGUUUAGUUUUUGUCCCCUGUGUCAGUCAUCUAAGUUCAUUGGUAUGGAGGUCUAUAUGUAAUGGGAUAUCUACAAAAAGCUCCAAUAUGAUGUUCAAAUUAUAUGCAUUGUGCUUGUCAUUUUUGAUGGUC